AUGAGUGAUCCUCCAGCAGUGCAGCAGAAGGUGCAGAUGAUCUCCUGCAGGAGCCGGCGCUACCGCCGCAUCACUGGCACAGCUGGACACUGUUAUUAUCAGACGAUCGUGACUCCGGUCACCCUGCCCGACUAGCCGUGCUCCAGGAUUCCUCACACGGUCACUCUAGUGUCCAUUCCUGCCUCCACCGAUGGGAAACGAGGCUUUUCUGUGUCCAUCGAUCAGGGCUCCAGUCCCAACGGCUUCAGCCCCGAACACACACACACCGUCAGAGUCUCCAAGGUGGACCCAGAGUGCAUCAGUCCAGACGUCAAGAACUCUAUUCAUGUUGGCGACCGGAUCCUGGAGAUCAAUGGAACCCCAAUCCAGAACGUUCCUCUGGACGAGAUUGAUUUGCUGAUCCAGGAGACCAAUCGUCUGCUGCAGCUGACCAUUGAACAUGACCCUCAUGAUCACGGCCCCUCAGAGGACCAGGUGGACGGACCGACACCCCCGUCUGAGGGCCCCAGCCCCAUCACGCGCAGUUUCAGUAUCGAUAAAUCUCCGUGCUCCAGUAACACUCCGUCUCCACUGUCUCUGAGGAAAGACACAAUCGGCCGCUCCGAGUCGCUUCGCAUUGUGUCCAGCCGCACACGCACCCGAAUAUUCAGAGCCUCCGACCUGAUCCACGGAGAGGUUCUGGGUACAGGCUGCUUCGGGGACAGUUGUCAUGUGACUCACAGAGAGACGGGAGAGGUGAUGGUGAUGAAGGAACUCAUUCGAUUCGACGAGGAAACACAGAGGACCUUCCUCAAAGAGGUGAAGGUCAUGAGAUGUUUGGAUCAUCCCAACGUGCUGAAGUUCAUCGGUGUCCUCUACAAAGACAAGCGGCUCAACUUCAUCGCUGAGUACAUCAAAGGAGGAACGCUGAGAGAUAUCAUCAAGAAUAUGGACAGCGGUUAUCCUUGGAAACAGAGAGUGAGUUUUGCCAAGGACAUCUCCUCUGGGAUGGCGUAUCUGCACUCCAUGAACAUCAUCCACCGAGACCUCAACUCACACAACUGCCUGGUCAGGGAGAAUAACAGUGUUGUUGUGGCGGACUUCGGACUGUCCCGACUCAUGGUGGAGGACAAGAAUCAGGACAAGCUGUCCUCGGGACAGAUCCCAGGCGUGAGAAACCCCGACCGGGAGAAAGAGAGAUACACCGUGGUGGGAAACCCGUACUGGAUGGCUCCUGAAAUGAUUCACGGGAAGAGCUAUGAUGAGAAGAUCUUCUAUCUGUCGUUUGGCAUCAUGCUGUGUGAGAUCAUCGGCCGAGUCAACGCUGAUCCCGACUGCAUGCCCCGCGCCAUGGACUUCGGGCUGAACGUGAAAGAGUUUUUGAAGGAUCACUGCCCGUCUGACUGCCCGACCGCUUUCUUCCCCAUGGCGGCGCUCUGCUGCGAUCUGGACGCUGAGAUACGGUUAGACGACCCAACGCUGACAAAACAUGUGCAUCAGCACAUUAAUAUAAACUAUUAGGGCUGUCAAGCGAUU